AUGGCCCCAACCACACCGUCAAGAAAGGCUAUCAUGCCGCCGCCGCCUCCCCUUACACCUCGAACACCCUCCAAUGCUCUGGUGAUUCGACAACCCCCAGGUCCGCUUGUAUCCACCACUGCGACCAAAUCAUCGGUGUCACGAAGCACACAUAUACCAAGUGUAACAGUGAAGAGGGAACUUGAUUCGACUCCGGGCCCAUCGACACCUUCUCGUGUGGUGGCUUUGCGGACUCCACCUUCCACUUCGCUCGUCCGACGUCUGAGGUCGAUAACACCUUCUCCCAGAAUAAGAAAAUCGUCAUCCACCCCGCUUCGAACGCGAGCGCCUGCUCUAUCUUCCUCGGCUGCUUUUAAAGCUAAACUCGCUGAAGUUCGAUCUAAAACUUCAAGGAGGAGAAGUCAAACUCCUAGCUCGGCAUCCCAUAGUGGACAAACAAGAAAUUCAUCUGUCACCGUAGAGGAUGAUGAAGAUGAUGAUGAGGUACAAUUCUGGAAGGGAAGCAGAGUUAGAGGAUCGACCGUAGAUGUUGCUAUCGAACUGUGCUCAGACUCUGAUGAGUCUCCACCACCUUCUCCCACUCCAUCAACAUUCCGUGGAGGCCAUGCCUUCCAAUCUGAUGAGUCUCCACCACCUUCUCCCACUCCAUCAACAUUCCGUGGAGGCCAUGCCUUCCAAUCGCUUGUACAUUCCAGUUCUCCCAUAUCGAAUCGUUCGAAUGCGACCCCCGGACCUACAGGCUCCAAUCGAUCAGAAAGGGCCGAGUCGACUUUUUCGCUUACUUCUUUCGGAUCCAGAGCCACUCCUUUCACGCGAGCACCAACUUGGGAUGAUAGCGACCAGCGCUAUGGUCGAAAGUACCCCAAAGAUGGUCCCCCACGAGAGCUUAUCCCUACCGCUGCUACGAGCUUUUCACAUUCAUCCUCAAUCCCACUCCCGCUCACUUCGGCCAUUGAGAGGAUGAGUGAUCUCAUCUCAUCCUUCAAACCUAAGAUUCCCAAGGAAGAUAUCAAAAGGGGUCAAGAAGAAAGAUUCAUGAGUCUAGAAGAGAAAUUGAGUAUUGUGAUGGAGUCGUCUUUCAGUAACGAGGUUACUUACUAUGAUGGUGAGCUGAUGAAGAGGUUGAAGGACCAAUUAGCUGCGAGCGAUAUCAGUUCAUCCACAUUUGAUCUUUUAUCGAUCAUCAAAUUCUUCAAAUCCUCUCUACACCAAAGCUUGAAGUCCUCGAUCAACGAAUACAGGGCUGAACAAAGCUACAAAGGCAAUAAGGAAGUUCGACGAAACUUGUGGUUUAGUGAUUUUAAGGUGUACCUGAAGUUCGCUACACCCACUCUUGGCGAUAGGAUCAAUAAGGAAACAAUGGAAACUAUCCUGCUAUAUCUGCAUGUGGCGUUGAAUGAGAAGAAUGCCAUGAAGCAUACAGUCACUCGAUUGGAGGACAACUUCGAUGAUUGCAACAACCCAAAAAUCAUGAAACUGUUGGACGCAAUGAUCGACCUCUGCGCUGCUAUCGUUAAUAUAGCUUUUGCGAAGUGA